GGCCUGAGGGUCUCAUUGGGGGGGAAGGGGCUGCGGGGCGCAGGGGUCUGUGUCACCACACGGUGCCCGCCGCUCGGGGGUCCCGGCUCAGCCCCCUCCCCCCGCGCCCAGGCUGGCACCAUGGCACAGGUGGGGCACAGGGUGGAUUACCUGGCCGGAUUCUGCUGCCCGGUGGGGGGGCUGGUGGCGGGCAAGCCGCGGGUGCUGUGCCACGAGAACGAGAUCUACCUCUCCAACGGCACCGAGUUCGUCUACGUGUACGACCAGGAGGGCAAAGUGCUCAAGGCUGUGUUCCGCUGCCCCGACCAGGUGUGGCACGUGGAGCUGCUGCCCCAGCCCCGGCAGCUCUACAUCCUGUGCGCCCACAGCGGGAUCUACUGCGUGUCCCUGGAGCAGCAGAGCAGGUUAAUGGAGCAGACGGACGGCGACGGCCAAGAAAGCGGCGGCCCUUCCGGCGUCUUCCCGGUGGAAGCGGACGCCUGCAUCUUCCCCGACGCCAGCCUGAGCAUGUUCACCCUGCUCAGCACCUUCGUCAUCACGCUGGCCCAGGACGAGGGCAAGUGGUGGAUGCGGCUGCACGAGCUGCCGCGCCCGGAGCAGGACGGGCCGCCGUACCGGCAGGUCAGCCAGGUGGAGUUCUGCCCCGGGAGCCCUCCCGGGGACGCGGGGGACGCGCCGCCCUCCUGCUUCCUGCCCGUGCUGUGCUGCGCGGCCGCGCCCGGCACGCAGGGGCUCUGGUGCUCGGGGGGCUUCGUGCUGGAGGAGCCCCUCUUCAGCCUCCUCUUCGGCAUCGACGUGGCCCUGCUGGAGUCGCCCAUGAUCCUGUGCGGCUUCCCGGACGGGCAGCUCUGCUCCGUGCCCCUCAAAGCCCUCAGCUCCUCGCCCGCCGCCGACGGCUGCCGCGACGUGUCGGCGCCGGCGCCGCCCGUGAAGAUCCUGCACCACCUGGAGGAGCCCAUCGUGUUCAUCGGGGCGCUGCGCACCGAGCGCCGCGCGGCCGACGACGACGACAACGACGACGAGCCGCCCGCGGGCGAGCCCGGCUGUGACUGCGUGGUGGCCGUGGGCCACUACGGGAAGAUGGUGGCCGUGAAGGCGGAUCAGCGGGAGGAGGCCACGGUGCCGGAGCUCAGGGAGUAUUACCUGCGGGGGCCCAUCCUGUGCGCCGCCUGCGGCAGCGGCUCCCGCAUGUACUACAGCACCCACUCGGACAUCUCCGCCGUCGACCUGGACUGGGCGGGCGACUCCUCGGACCCCGAGGACGCGGAGAGCGGCGCCGGCGUGCUGCCCCCCGUGCUGUCCCCGGCCAGCCUGAGCAUCUGUAGCGUCGUGGCUCUUUCCUUGUCCUCUCGGGCCUCGGAAGGGGAGUCGGAGCUGUUGGCCCUGUCGGCCAAGGGCCGCCUCGUGUCCUGUGGGCUGUGCAGCCCCGAGGAGCCCGACGUGGAGCUGACCCCUGCUGAGAUCGGCCGGAGGAUCAAGGAGCUGCUCUCGGGCAUAGGGGACACCUCGGAGAGAGUGUCCUUCCUGAAGAAGGCCGUGGACCAGAGGAACCGAGCCCUGGCCAGCCUGAACCAGGUGAUGAACGUGAGCGCGGCGCUGCUCUCCAGCCAUGAGGGCCACAAGCCCAUCGCCUGCACCGUCACUGCCAACUGGAGCUGCCUCCUGCUCCAGGACACCGUCACCAUCUCCUGCUUGCUGGAAAACUGCAGCGAGUACAGCCUGGAGGAGGGCUGGACCCUCUGUGUCCAGCUCCUGGCCAGCCCCUGUGCCUUAGAGGAGGAAUCCAUGGAUUCGGCCACCACCUUCACCUUCCCCAUUGACCAGCUGCUCCCUGGCAGCAAGCGGGAGCUGACGCUGCCCCUCGGCCCCGCUGCGGACACCAAGCUGGACCUGCCUCUGACCAUCUCCUGUGCCCUCUACUACAGUUUACGGGAUAUUUUGGGCAGCGGCUCCGACUCCUCCGAGGACCUGGAUGACUUCCUGCCCGACGACUCGCCCCUGCUGUCCCCGGACAGAGAGGGGAUCUGCCUGCCCCUCAGCCAGUGCACCAUUGACAUGCUCCAGUGCCUCCGUUUCGGGAGCAGCCCCCCCGGGCCCAGCGCCCCCCCUGCCCCCUCAGACCCCGUGGAGACCUUCCUCAAAGUGUCCCGGGAACAGACUGAACCCGAGGAGGGGAAAAGCCCGGCAGAGGAGAGCCUGCCCCCCUCGGCAGCAUCCAUCCGGGUGUCCUCGGAGCUGCUGAAAAAUGCUCUCAAAACCUCGGAAACAGAUGUCCCAGUUUGCUGCGCCACCCUGCGCUGGCUGUUGGCUGAGAACCCCGGGGCCGAGGCGCUGAGCAGCACGGAGGUGGCAUCGGUGGCCAUGAAUGACCUGAGCCCUGCGGGUCCCAUCCAGGCUGUGGAGAUCCUGAUGGAGAGCCCGUCCCUGGCCCACAUGUGCAGGACACACCACGCCGUCAUCCGGCGCAUCCAGGCGCUGGUGCUGGAGCAGGCGGCGCAGGGCUCGGGGCCCCCCGACCUCCGCAUGCAGUACCUGCGUCAGAUCCAGGCCAACCACGAGAUGCUGCUGAAGGAGGCGCAGAGCCUCCGGGACCAGCCGCCCCUGGGCGAGGAGGGGGCUGAGGGCUCUGCCACGGCCGAGAAGCUCCUGAACAUCUACCGGCAGCUGCGGAACCCCAGCCUGGUCCUGCUGUGAGCGGGGGGCGGCCAGCCCGCCCCAAACCCCGCCGGCCGGGGGGGUGGGGGCCCACGGGAGAGCCCCCCACCUCACCCCACCCCAGCGGAGCAGGAGCGGGGCCGGCGGCGGUCCGGGCGGGGGGUGUGUCUGUGCGUGUUUCGUGGUCGUGUUGUCGGCAGCACCGGGAGGGUCUCGGGGCUCCGGUGGCGGAGCGGGGGCUCCUGGGCUGGCCCAGCCCCGUCCCGCCGCCCCCCAGCCCGGCCAGGCCGGGGGCAGCCCCCCGGGGCCGCGCUGUCUUGUGGAUCCGUGGUAGUGUAGUGGCCGUGCCGAGCCGGGCCGGCCGCGGGCUGCGCCCCCCGAGCCGCCUUCAGGAUCAGGACAAACAGGGUGCUGUGCCCGGGGGAGCCCCGGUUUCUGCUGGGCAGGGGAGGGGGUCUCCGCUCCCCCGUUGUUUCUAUAAAUGAUCUCGUAUCUCCAUGCUGGUGCGGCGUGGUCCGGCCCCGGCCCCUCCCGCACCUCUCCACUGUCUGUAACUCUGUCGUCUGCCAUGAAAACGAUCCUGUUGCUCA